AUGGCUUAUAUGUUAACAAAAAGUCUGCAUGGAAAAGAAUCAGGUGCUGUUUUCACAUUUGGAAAAAGCAAAUUUGCUGAAGAUAUUCCUAGCAAGUUCUGGUUCAAAAAUGACAAGCCUGUACUUAUAUCAUGUGGAGAUGAACAUACCGCUAUUGUUACAGGGAAUGGUAAACUAUAUAUGUUCGGCAGUAACAACUGGGGCCAAUUAGGACUAGGAUCAAAGAACACUGUCAGCAAACCAACAUGUGUUAAAGCUUUAAAACCAGAAAAAACAAAACUUGCUGUUUGUGGAAGAAACCACACUUUAGUUUACACAGAAAAAGGAAAUGUGUAUGCUGCUGGAGGUAACAGUGAAGGUCAGUUGGGAUUAGGUGACACAGAGGAAAGGACCACGUUUCAUUUAAUUAAUUUUUUUACCAACCAGCACAAGAUCAAACAGCUAGCAGCUGGAUCAUACACCUCAGCAGCAGUAACUGAGGAUGGGCAGCUUUUUGUGUGGGGUGACAAUUCAGAAGGUCAGAUUGGCCUGGCUGAUAAAGCCUGUGUCACUGUCCCUUGUCAAGUGGAUGUUGGAAAACCUGUUUCUUCUGUAUCCUGUGGAUAUUACCACUCUGCCUUGAUAACAGGAGAUGGUGAGCUCUAUACUUUUGGAGAACCUGAGAAUGGGAAACUGGGAUUAUUGCCUGAACAGCUGAAGAACAAUAGAGUCCCACAGCCUGUACUGGGAAUUAUGGAAAAAGUGAAUAAGGUUGCUUGUGGUGGAGAACACACGGUGGUGCUGACAGAGACAGAUGUAUAUACUUUUGGACUUGGACAGUAUGGGCAACUGGGACACGGUACUUUUAUUUUUGAAACUUCAGUACCAAAGUCUGUGAAACACUUGAGGAGGCAUAAAAUAUGUAACAUUACAUGUGGGGAAAAUCAUACUGCUGUAAUUGCAGAGAAUGGCCUCAUGUUUACUUUUGGAGAUGGGCGACAUGGCAAGUUAGGACUUGGAGAAGAGAAUUUUACAAAUCAGUUUGAUCCCACUCUGUGUUAUAAUUUCUUGAGGUUCACAGUCCUUUUGGUUGCUUGUGGUGGUUGUCACAUGCUAGUUUUUGCUGCUCCAAGACCUAAAGGAUCUGAGGAAAUACUUUUAGAAGAUUUAUAUGAGAGCCGUUUGACUGCUACUAUCUCUAAAAUGAGCAGAGACUCACUACUAACAAACACCUUACAACUAACAUCGGCACGAAUGCGACGUCGAGAGAGGGAAAAGUCACCAGAACAGUUUGUUCGAAUGGCACGAACUCUGCCUCCACUGGGAGAAAGCUUCUUAAAAUCUUCAUUGCCUGUGACUAGCAACACUAGCCCACUCUGUUUUGCUGCAACAAGUCUUCCUAAAGCUGAACCUGUGAAGGAUAGGGACCAUAAAAAAGAAAAGAAUCGUCAAAAAGAUAAACCCGGUGAAGGCUCUGCAGAAGAAGAUUCAGAUAAUGAAAAUAAUGACAGAAACCUUGGAGACACAACUGACAUCCUAAAUAUGACACAUGCAAUGAAACUGAAUCCCAGUGACCGGUCCUUAAAAUUAUCACCACUCCAAAAACAAAAGAAGAACAAUAAAAAUGUGAAACUGAAAAGAGAUGGUAAGGGUGGGGUGAAAAACGAGGAUUCUCAUUUCAUGAAGGAGGGCUCAAAAUUAGACUCUGUCUCUUUACAAAAGCAGUCUUCACUUUCGGAAUCACCGGGACAAGAUUUAGAAAAAUGUCGUGCCUUUGUAGGGAAGCCUGUGGCCAAAAAAAAGACAAUGAAAAGUAAAUCUGAGCAUGCACAAAGUGUUAUAACUUUGAAAAGUGGUGCUCAACAAAUUACGAGGGACAAAUGCAGAUUAGUGAAAAGGGAAAAAGAGUAUGUGGAAAAUCCUGAGUUUGUCAGAGAGGAAGUAACUUACAAUCGUCCCACUGAAAAACAAAUUCUGACUGAAAAAACAAAUUCUUCCAAUAAAACCUCAAAAGCUGUUAAAUCUAAGCAAUCCCUUAAAAUAGAGGUACUUCCUUCUGCAUCCAGGGAUCAGCCUCAGACUGAAUCAUUAAUUGUACAAAAAUACAAUCCUAUUAAAAAGCAAGGAAGUCAAGAAGCCGUAGAUAGUCAAAACAAAAUCAAGGAUGUUGAAAAAUCUGAUAAAUGUGAAAUCAUAUCCAUCAGAGGAGAAGAAAGUAGUGAAGAGCAGAGGGGUUUUAAAAGAAAGGAUCAUUUUUUAAAACAAAUAGCUGUAUCUAUGUCACCGUCUUCAUCUGAGGAAAGUAGUAAUGAUCUUGCAAAAUAUGUACAUAAGAGUAGGGAAAAAGAAGAGAUCUACUAUGGAGACAGAGAGAUCCAGAAAGCAGUGAAAACAGUAGAAAAUGCGAAAGAUUCGGACUUAGAAAAAGACGACAGUGAGAUUGAGGAGGUGCAAGCUGCAAACAAUGAGAAAGAAUAUGUAGAAGAGACUGAUAUAAAAAGUCUGAAUGAGGAAGAACCAAACUCUGAAGCUAAAUCUGAUGAAGACAGGCAGUUAGAAAUUAAGAAUGAAGAGGAAUCUAAUCAAGAGCAGGAGAGUGAAGGCAGUGAAAAGGGUGAAAGUGAAAAAGAAAAAUUAGAUGAAACAGUUGAUAGUGAAGGUGAACUAGGGGAGGAAGAAGAAGAGAGUGAGGUUAAAAAAGAUGAAGUUUCAGUAGAAAGAGAUGAAGACAAAGAGGAAAAAAAUAAUGAGGAAGAAAAUGAAGGAGAGAAAUCACAGGCUGAAAGAGACAGUGAGAAUGAGGGUGCAGAAGACACUGAAGAGAUUAAUCAGAAAAAUGGCAAAGAGCAAGGAGAUGAGGAAGAAAAGGAGGAACAGGUUAAAAGUGAGGGAAGAGAUGAGAGUGAGGAAGGAGGUGAAGAUAGAGAGGGGGAGGAAGAAAAAGAGGGAGAGGCAGAAGAGGAAGGAGAAGAUGAAGAGGAAGAUGCAAAUAGGAGGACUAAGGAGGUGGGGGCGGAUGGAGUGGAAGAAGAAGAAGAACAGGGGGAGGAUGAAGUGGAAGAGGAAAGAGAAGAUGAGGAGGAGGAAGAGGAAGGAGCAGAGGCAGAAGCAAAAGGGGAGGAGGAGGAAGAAGAUGAAAACAAGGAGGAAGAGGAGUGGGAAAAUGAAGAAGAGGAAAGAGAAGAUGAAGAUGAGGGAGAGGGGGUAGAAGAAGAUGAGGGAGAGGGGGUAGAAGAAGAUGAGGGAGAGGGGGUGGAAGAAGAUGAGGGAGAAGGGGAGGAAGAAGAGGCAAAUGGGGAAGGAGGAGAGGGGGAAGGGGAGGAAGAAGAUAGGGAAGGGGCGGAAGAAGGGAGAGAGGGGGUGGAAGAAGAUGAGGGAGAAGGGGAGGAAGAAGAGGCAGAAGGGGUGGAAGAAGAUGAGGGGGAAGGGGAGGAAGAAGAGAGGGAAGGGGAGGAAGAAGAGGGAGAAGGGGAGGAAGAAGGGAGAGAGGGGGUGGAAGAAGAUGAGGGAGAAGGGGAGGAAGAAGAGGCAGAAGGGGUGGAAGAAGAAGAGGGAGAAGAGGGAGUGGAGGAAGAAGAGGGAGAAGAGGGAGUGGAGGAAGAAGAGGGAGAGGAGGAAGAGGGAGAAGAGGAAGAGGGAGGGGACAAAGAAGAAGGGGAAGAGGGAGAAGAAGAAGAAAAGGGGGAAGAGGAAGAAGAGGAACAAGAUGGGGAAGAGGGAGAGGGGGAAGAAGAGGAUAAGGGAGAGGAGGAGGAAGAAGGA